UUGUCGCGUCUCCCGUCCGACGACAGGCGUGGGCUUUCGGGGGAGAGUUGCGGAAGUGUGCGUUUUUCUCUCUUUUGGGGCCUUCGGUAGUAGGAAUUUCUGGCCGUUCCGUUAGCGUUCUAUUCUUCGCAAUGAUGGAUUUCCUUUUGAAGAUACGAACGGAAGUGUUUACGGAGGAAAUGUUGUUUUUAAGAGAAAUGAAUAGAAAAUAACCCAUUUUGAGGAAGCCAUGGCAAAAUCAAAUAUAAAACACAGACUUGGUUCUCGGGAAUCUUCAGUAUCUUCUCUGUUAGCAAGCUGCAGCCUGAGUAGUAGUAAUUCCUCUAACUCUGUUGGCUCUUUUCAGUAUAAGGAUAAACUGUACAAUUCUGCAUCUCAGGCUCUACAGGCCUAUAUUGAUGAUUUUGAUCUAAGCCAAAUGUAUCCUGGUGCAAGCACUGGAAAGAUUAACAUUGGUAAAUGUUCUUCUAAUAUGCCAGAAUUCUCCAGCUAUACUUAUAAACCAGACAAUGCUUUUGAAAAUCUCGAUCACAAAAAAAGCUCCUUGUCCUUAUCCUAUAGAAGACAGACUAUUAAUGACAUAGACUCCGUUAGCCUAACUACUGAUGAUCUAUUAAAACUUCCAGCAGAUGGAUCAUUUUCUUUCACCUAUGUUGGACCAGGUCACCGAAUUAGCAAGAAAAACAAGAAAUGCAUUCGGAGACUGAGUUCAUUGGACACUGAAAAGAAUCAGAAUUUUCAAGAACCCACCACUCCCAUGGACAAGGAUAACUUAGCUACUCCUAUUGUAUACACAAAUAUAAAUGGAAAGCGAUGUGGUAGGCUAAAAAACCCAAAGUUUGCGAAUAAGACUAAUAAAUGCGUUUCUGAACCAUCUUUAUCUUUUUUCAAGAAAUCGUCUUUCAAGGACAAUUCAGAACACAAUCUGCAAAAGAAUUACCCAAGAUGGCUCACUAGCCAGAAAUCUGACCUUAAUGUUUCAGGGAUAACUAGUAUACCUGAUUUCAAAUAUCCAGUCUGGCUCCACAAUCAAGACUUGCUACCUGAUGCAAAUAGUCAAAAGAUUUAUAAAAAAUUUGAAGAAGAUCAACGUUCCACUAGACAUAGUUACCAGGCCCAAAGAACUUCUCGGCUUAUGAAUAAAUUAGAUUGUUUUGAAUAUUCGUUUGAACCCUCAAACAUUUCAGAGUCUUUGAGUGAUGAUAAAGGAUUAGUUAAUGAAUAUAAAUGUGAUUUUGAACAAUGUCAGUGUGAGAAUCCACUUCUCCCAGGACAAUGCAAAAAGCCAUUCAGCGGUGACAAAAUUGAAUUGCUUAUCUUGAAGGCCAAGAGAAAUCUAGAGCAUUGUGCAGAAGAAUUACCGAAGUCUAUGAAAAAGGAUGACAGUCCUUGUUCAUUAGAUAAACUUGAAGCAGAAAGAUCAUGGGAAAAUAUUCCUGUUACUUUCAAAUCCCCUGUUCCUGUUAACUCUGAUGAUAGUCCUGAACAAACUUCAAGGGCAAAGUGUGCUAAAGGGUUCCUUGAAGACUUUUUAAAUAAUGAUAAUCAGAGCUGUACCCUUUCUGGAGGAAAACAUCAUGGUCCUGUUGAAGCCCUGAAACAAAUGUUAUUUAAUCUUCAAGCAGUACAAGAAAGUUUUAAUCAGAAUAAAACCACAGAGCCGAAAGAAGAAAUUAAGCAAGUUUCAGAAGAUGAUCUCUCUAAAUUACAGUUGAAGGAAAGUAUGGUUCCUAUUACUAGGUCACUUCAAAAGGCUUUGCACCAUUUAUCUCGCCUGAGAGACCUGGUUGAUGAUACCAGUGGAAAACAGUCACCGAAAAUGUGAAGAGGAAAAUAAAACAGUCUAACCAAUAAAUAGUCACCACAGAACAAAAAUGUUUAUUUUUUUCUAUUCCUGAAACUGACAAAGUAAUUAUAAGCCAUACAUUAUACUGUAAUUGGUUCAAGUAUUAUAUAUUUUUUAAAAAACCAAACUUGAAAAUGUCCAUGAGUUUUGUGACCUAAUCUCAUUUUGUGCCAAAAUACCAGAAUGUGAACUGGAAGGACCCACACUAUGUCCUAUAGCCUGACUUGGGUCUUCAGGCCAGCAAAUGUCUAAUACUCAAAGAUGGAUAAUUUCUGUUCUUGAAGCUUAUGUGGACUUAAACCUUCUUCAGCAUCCUUAUCAUUUUAUCAUCUGGUUCUGGAUCAUUAAGAAACUCUUCCUGAUUUCUACCCAAAAUUUCUUAAAUAGACUUUUUGAUAAAGUUAGCAUCCAUUUUAAGGAGCUUAAAGAAAUAUCAAAAUUGUUAUGGUCUAUCUUAUCCAUAUGGAAGUCUGUUACUUUUAAGUUUUCAUAAAUCAAAUACUUAAGCUGUGUUGUAUUUGCAAAUAACAGUAAUUUAAUAGUGGGGUGAUGCCAAAAGGAAUGUUUUAUGUUGUGAAAAUCCAAGAGAACCUCAUUUAAUUAAUGCUUUGAUUCUGUGUAAGAUAAUCUUGAUAAUACUUGACAAUUUACAGAACAUUUUGGGAGAGGAUAUUUGAGAAUUUAAUAUUUUCAUAUUAGAUUAUUUCCCAGAUUUUAGUUUUGGGGUUAGCUCAAACUAGUAAGAACUGAGAUCAGUGGCCAAUUGCUUUAUGAAAUUUGAUAACUAAACUUAAAGAAAAUGAAUAUGGAAAAUCAGAAAGCAACUCUCUGUUUUAAAGCUGUUUUCUAAGAAUUGAACUUUCUUUAAAGCAAUUUGUAGUCUUUAAAGUUUGUCCCUAGCUGGAACUGAACAGAGCUCUACAAUUUUGCAGUUUCUACCAAGUGAACAUCUAAUAAACAGGAAGCAUCUUUACCAACAAAACUACGAAUUAAGUCAUAAAGCAUGACUAAUGGAGCAUAUUUAAAGAAACCUGAUGAAAUUGAAGAAUAUCUGUGUAUAUAUACAGAUACUACAAGUUAACACUUUACCCUAGUGGUAGCAUCUUUCCUAAGUAAAUAGGAACUUCUAAAUACGUUGAGUCAAAGAAUUUUUUUCCCCAAAGUUAAAGCACUACAUGAGACCUUUGUUAUAGAACUGACAUGUCAAAGAGUGUAGACUGAACCCUGUCUUUCUCGGCCAGUGAAUUAGAGUCACUGUGCUGUUCUUUUUGCCCAGUCUGAGAGGCACUUGCCGGUAAGUUUGUUUUGUUUACUCUGUGGAAGUAUUUCUGCCAUGGACAUUUUAUUUUAUGACUAUGGUCUUCUUCACAGCAAAUAGUAUGCAUACAAUCAAACAAGGCAUUACUUUGAUGAUUCAAGUAUGGCUGGCUGUUAAAAAUGCAGAUUUUAAGUGGGUAAACAUCAGGUGGACCUGGAUUGAUGGUGUUCCCGGCUUAACGAAAUCCACUAUUAGACAAAUUCUAAAGAAGACAGAGAGAAUAAAGACAUCAGAUAAUAAAAUUCUAACUACAUAUUAUCUGUUGAUCAGACAUAAUAUUUACUAUGCCUAGAAAACAUCUCCAAAGAGAUUAUGCUGUAAUGGCUGUGUAGCACUGAUUUGGUUAGUGCUCCCAUUUGCAAGAGCAUAUCUUCAAUACUAAAGUAAGAUAAGCCUGUCCUAAAAUUUUAUGUUAUAACUAAUAUUUUAAGAAACUUGAUUAUACUUACCAAAGGAGUAUUUUUCCUUUUGUGUUAAAUAAAUACAGAAGUUUAGUCUUUUACCCCAAAGGGAAGUUAACUUUAUGAAAAUGGUUAAUUCCAACCUUUUAAAAAAGAAAUAUGUAGGAGAGUCAACUAAGAAAAAAUAUAAAUGAUAAAUGUUCAAGAAAUUCUCUAGAUAAUUGAUUGAAUUAAUUACAUGUUAAAUAUUUCAAUAUUUUUUAUUUUGAGAUUUCCAGAGGAAGAGACAACAGUAUGGAGACUGCUUGAGUGGGGAAUUUUUUUUUUUUUUUGAGGAAGAUUGGGCCUGAGCUGUUGCCAGUCUUCCUCCUUUUUUCCUUUUUUCUUCCCAAAGCCCCAGUAGAUAGUUGUAUGUCAUAGUUGUAUAUCCUUCUAGUUGCAAUAUGUGGGACACCGCCUCAGCAUGGCUUGAUGAGUGGUGCACAGGUCCGCGCCCAGGAUCUGAACCAGUGAACCCAGGGCUGCCGAAGCAGAGCGCACGAAUUUAACUACUACACCACCGGGCUGGCCCCCUGACCUGGGAAUUGAAAAGCAGAUAAUGACAACAAUUAGAUUUAAAAAAUUGCAUUAUGAAUAUAAAGCUUUAUCAACUCUUUUCUUUCUUUUUAGUAUAUUGAAAAAUGUUAAGUAGGAAAAAUGAGAAAAUUUUAAUAAAACAUUUCAAAUUUUUUUUUUUGGUGAGGAAGAUUGUCCCUGAGCUAACAUCUAUACCAAUCUUCUAUUUUGUAUGUGGGAUGCUGCCACAGCAUGGCUUGAUAAGUGGUGUAUGGGUCCAUGCCUAGGAUCUGAGCCCAUGAAACCCGGGCUGCUGAAGCGGAACAUGUGUACCCAACCACUAUGCCACCUGGCCAGCCUCAAAACAUUUCAGAUUUUUAAUUGAAUAUGAAAAGAAUUUAACAAACCUAAUCCCCCAAAUUAUUUGAGAUCGAGGGAUAAAGGUGUGAUGAGUAUGUGAAGAUUGAAAGCUUAACUGUAUUUUCCUUACUACCAAUAAGAACUCGACUUUCAGUUUUUCCAGUGACAAUUUAUUUCAGCUUCAUAGAGAUUUCUGGGUUUGUUUAGGUUAUACGUCUCUCUUGUUAUAUUAUUUCUUGUUGAAAUUUAUAAAUAUGGAUUUUUUUGUAUUAUUUUGUAUUUAAUGUUUAGGAUAAUGUCUUAUUAAGUUAUAUAUAGCUAUACCAAAAUGUUGCCUGAAGAUAAAUCAUGACAAGAUUCUUCCCCCCCGCCCAUGUUUUGAAUACAUGAAAUCACUCAUAGAUUUGCAUUUUGUUUCAUUUUUCCUGUCCCACCUUUCACUAUGUCUCAAAAUCUAUUUGAUGAAAGUGCUUGCUUGGAGAAGUGAACUUACCAAAAGGCAAGUAGCAUGAAAGGAGAUGAAAGAAGCAAAGGGCCAAUAAAAUUGAUAAUUUCUGAACAACUGAAGUUUCUUCAAAUGUAAAAGACUGUAUCUUUCUAUUCCGUGUAUUGAUCGGAUGUUUCAUCCAUGGUUAUAUGUUGUGUUGAGUUGUACUGCCUAUCAUAUAGUGAUGGGCGUAAACCUAGGUCUAAACCUGAACACAUUGUAUAUAGCAAGUUAUAUUGUUAGGUAUUUUUCUUGUGAUAUUUGAAAUUAUUCCUUUCCCACUUCUGUGCUUCCUUUCUUAUUUAUACUCAUCUGUGGCUAAGAUCAUUUUCCUUUUUUGAACAAAAAAAACCUUAGCUUUAAAAACUCUUAGCUUUCUACCCUUCCAGUUUCUUCUACAUUGUCCUUAUCCUAGACCAGACCCUUCUGUGUAACAACUUUUCUCACAAUGUAACAAAUGUAACAACUUCUAUCCAUCCUUCAUUACCUUAACUGAGCCUAGUGCCUUUGCCUCCUAAUACCUAUUUCAACCUUAAACGUUCCUCUCCUCAUUUUUAGCCCUUACACUGAAGACAGGCUAACUGGUCUUUGCAAAACACUGUUGUACACCACUGCUGUAGCCUUACUGAAUAAUUUCAGUGAAUUUGCUGUAGCUACAUUGCUUUCCUCAGAGUCUCCCAAACUUCCUAUGUAUAUUCUCAACUUUGUGCAUAUUAUUUACCAUGCUGGAAACACUCAAUUUUCUUUCAUUCUGUUUAUCUAAAGUUUAUUCUGCUAUUUCUUGAAAGCUCUGACUGAGUCUUGUAUUUCCUUUUCCGAACAUUCUAGCCUUCUUCCAAACUCUGGUAGGUUGGCUGGCUUUCCAUUCUCCUUCCCCCAUCGCUCAUUUAGCUAUUGUAUUUUUUGUUUUGUGUUUUGGAUAGUGCCUCUUAUACCACAUUGUAUUCCUAGGGGAGAAAAUGUUUCAAAAUGUUAGAUGAUUGAUUUUGUUUUAUCUCCUUGAUGAUAGUUCCUCUUACAUUACAUUGGAUAACCAGGAACAUGUAAACUUAAAGUGUUGAUAAUGAUUCUAAGCCUGGUUCCCUGUGUAAGGUUGUAAACUCAAAUAGGAGAGACCACAUCCUUUAUUUAUGUGAUGUUCUGCAAAUCCUUUUUAAGAUGAGGCAAAUUAAACCUAUUAUGGAAGAGUUCUUUCUUUUUUGAUGUUGCUGCCACUGUUUAUCAAAUAAGAUCAACAUUUGUGUAUUUUGGAUGACUUAGCUGUAAGCUUUCUAACUUCUUGAGUCCUAAAAGCUUUAAGAUUUUUGUUUUUAUAUAUUUUGCAUUUCAUUAGAUAUAUGAACUAUUUUACCAAUCUAGGACUAAGUCUAGGAAAACUUGCAGUGACUGGUUUUCAUUGUUUUGCUUCUUUGAGCCUGGCUUGUUGGGAACCUAUCAGUCUGGACCCAAUCUAGAAACAGAAACCACACAGUGAUUUUUAAACAAGGGAAGUUGAAUAUAAAAAAGUUUUAAAUUAUGACAAAAGAGAUAAGAUAUAAGAGAACUCUAUACGGUACCCCAGAACCAAGAGAGAGUACCCAAGGAAGGAAAAACUUGAAAGAAGGGGCCUAAGAUUUGGGUUCACACCUUGUUGAAGAAGGGACAACUACAGCCCAGUGGAUGACAAGUUUACUGGUUUUCCCAGACCAGAGUUGAUCUUUAGUCACCAGGCAAGCAGGAAGCCACCCUUUAAGGUUCAGGGAAGCUACCCCUGGUGACUGGGUGUGUGGGCAUGCAGAGGCAGUGAGAGGUCCCAGUGCUGGCAGGAUGCCUAGAACAUGAAGUGUUUGGGUUGGAAAGGUUGAAGGAAGGUGAUCCCCAGCCUGGGCCAGGUCUGUGAGGUUGCCAAGGAAAACUCUACGUUCUGGGAUUGUGACUGGGGCAGAGCACCACCGGCGGUCUUCAUACCCACCGUGAUAACUGAUGGUGCAGCUGUCAGAAAGCAGUGGGAGAGGCCCUUCAGAGUGAAUUUAGAGCCGAGAGACUAUAAAUUGAUAACUGGCACAGAAACUGAUCAGAUUCUAGAAAGGUUGUGGUGGGAGGAAAUACCAUUAGGGAAAUACAAAAUAGUUCACCUGUCCUCUGCCCUCAAUGUUCUGCGACUUAUUAUAUAGCCUGUGCAAGCCAAGAACUGGGCAUAAAGGUGACGUAGCAAAAAUGUCAGGUUAUUUAGAAAGCAGACACAAUGAGAAACCUUGAGCCAAUGUUUUCAAAAUCUAAUGAAUUUGAUAACUUUGUAAAAGAAAAUAGUUCUGAACUAGAAAUCUGGGACUAUUAUAGGUAUUCUGGAAUUAUGUGAAUAGUACUCGCAAUCAGAAUUUCAGAGAUAGGAGUAAGGUGCAUUCCCUCCAUUACUUUUCAUCAAGGUGACCACAUAGCUUUUAUAUGAAUGUUUCUGGAAGUGGAGAGUUGCUUGUAAUUGGAAUGCUUUGUUUUGUAGUAUAUUCUUGCUUCAGUUAAGUCAUGAUUUGCUUUUUGGUGUCUUCCACAUAUUGCUCUUAAUUUUGCCUUUCAAGACAAUCUCACGUGCACAUUUCAGUCUUCCUAAUAUUGAAACCAACAAAAGUAAUGCUUGUUCCAUCUUUCAGGCUAAAUGUUUCUAGUUUCUAAAUUAUUUCUUUGGACAAAGUUUUAUGUUUCUUCAUUAUUGUCUCACUUUUUUGGAUGCUCUCUACCUUUCAAUGCUUUGUUGUUGUUUAAAUGUCUAUCUUUAUUUUACAAAUGAUCCAGAGCCCUACUUAACAGUGAAACUAGAGUAUACGCUUCAUUUUUAAUUGAGAUAUAAUUGACAUAUUCGUUUCAGGUGUACAACAUAAUGCUUUGAUAUUUGUGUGUACUGUGAAAUGGUCACCACCAUAAGUCUAGUUAACAUCUAUCUACUUUAUUUUUUCUUAUUGCCACCUGUAGCUAAUUUUUUUCCGGUUUAUUGUGGUAUAAUUGACAAAUAAAAUCAUAAGCUA